CAGCAGAAGAUCUCCAAAAAUUAGCGGUUAUUCUUGGUCUAAAUAGCGCCGAAGAUGUAUAUCAGGAGAGAUUUCGAGUUGAUCGUCGCCGUUUGGAGACUAUGCUCGCAGAAAACUUGGAAGAGUCACAAACGGCUCAGGCGUUCUUUCACAGAGUCAUGACUGAGACUAAUACACUUGUGAAUUGGCCUGCUCGCUUGAAAAUUGGCGCCCGUUCGAAAAAAGAUCCCCACGUGAGAAUUGCUGGACGGCCUGACGAUGUUAAGCUGGCACGAGAGAAGAUUAUGCAGUUACUGGAUACCAGGAGUAACCGCGUUACGAUGAAGAUCGAUGUCAGUUACACUGAUCACUCCCACAUCAUUGGAAAGGGUGGUCUUACAAUCAAGCGCGUGAUGGAGGAGACGGGCUGCCACAUCCACUUCCCAGACUCGAACAGGACCAGCACUGUGGAGAAGAGCAACCAGGUGUCGAUAGCUGGUGAUAUGGAGCGCGUGGAACGAGCCAGGGCGCGCGUUCGGGCGCUGACUCCCCUGGUGUUCUGCUUCGAGCUGCCUAUAGUGGCACCUUCCCAGUCGCAGCCAGAUAUCAGCUCGCCAUAUGUGCAGCAGAUUCAGGAACAGUAUAAUGUACAGGUGAUGCUGCGUAACCGUCCGAAGCUGCACGCGAACCUGAUGGUGGUGAAGGGUGUCCAGUGGGAGGUCCAGGCCACCAUGGAAGCGACCACUCUCCUCAUAAACUACAUGUGCGGUCCGGUUGCUAAUCAGACCAAAGUCCUAAUGUCCCUGGAGAUAUCGCCGAUGCAUCAUAGCGUAGUGGUGGGACGUGGUGCGGACCAGCUGAAGAUCAUCAUGAAGGGCACCGGCACCCAGAUCAUGUUCCCUGACGCUGACGAUCCCAACAUACCCGUGAUCAAGAAGAGCUGCGUCACCAUUACCGGGCAGAUUAAGGAUGUGUAUGCAGCUAGGCAGCAGUUGGUUGGCAGCCUACCUCUUGUGGUGAUAUUCGAUGUCCCCGAAGACUCUUGCCGUAUAGACAGUGACGCCGUCUGCAAACUGAUGCACAAACACAACGUGUACAUCAACAUUAGACGUAAACCCAAGCAGGGCAUCGCUUCCAUCGUUAUUAAGGGCAUUGAGAGAUGUGCCGGGGACAUCUACGAGGCGCGCCGUGAACUCCUCGGCGGCAAGGAAUCCUCGAUCACAGCCGAAAUACCAGAGUCGUACAACGUACCGGCCAUAUCCAACAACACGAUGCCCAACUUUGGCGUGUUCAAUCCAUUCUCGCCAACUCACGCCACCAACAUGACCAACUCGCCGUGUUCUCCAUACAACAUUCAGUUAUCAGAUUUGGGGAGUUACGCCAACAUUGGCAGUCCAAUGUUUGGCCACAAUCCACCAACGCCGGGCGGGUACCCGAGUCCGUUGUCGCCGGUGGCGAUGACUCCCCCGGUGUUCCCCACAAGUUGGAUGAUGCCGUCCCCACAGCCGAGGUCCGGGCAAUUUCACUACCCGAGUAUGGGUGUGCCGAAUCCGAGUAACGUUAUGUACAAGAACCAGGGUGGAUCCUGGAACCCUAUGGGUAGUGCAGAAAUCGGUGGCAUGCCACAGCCGAUGAUGAUGCAACCGCCCUAUCAAAUGCCAGCAGAUGGCAGACCUACAACCCUGAAUCAGUUGCUGAACUGCAGCUCGCAGGCGAGCAGUGGAUACCAGAGCAACUUCACAGGCAGCUCCGUCUCGUUAGACGCGCAGAAUAUCUCCGGCGGCGACGGCAGCAGUGUGGCGAGCGUGGCGAGCGUGGCGGCCAGUGUGGCGAGUCCAUCCGUGUCGCCCAUCAGCAUCGGCCGCAGCCCCGCGCCCGAUGACCACCACCACGAAAUAACGGAGCUGGCGAACAUAAUCUCAGACUUGCCUCUAUCGGAGCGCCGCGCUGUGGGCUGCGAGAAGAAAACCCUGGAGACACUCAACAAGCUAUCACCACUCACAGAGUACAGGAAGAUGAGAGCCGAGGCCAGUAAGGCGAUGCGUGAGCCGGUGGGUAGCGGGUUCCGCGUGCCCACGCAGCGCUGGUCCGGAUACUACUUCAGCCACACCUCGCCCGGGCCCAUCAACAUCAACGACACCGACCCACCAACCACCCCUGAAAAAGGUUGGAAUAGAUCAGAACUGGUACGCCCUAAUAUAGCGGAGCCAGUAAAAACUCCGCCCAGCAGCAAACCGUGCCGAUAUCAACAAUUGUACGAUCUCUUGCGAGACAUUGGACUACAAAAGUAUAUUGACCUGUUCGUGAAACACGAACUGGACAUGUCAACGUUUGCUUCACUGAACGAGGCGGACCUAACCGAGAUCGGAGUAGCUGCCUUCGGCGCUCGCAGGAAGAUGCUGCUCGUCAUCGCAGAGCUGCAAAAACAGUCGAACGCCUUUAAAAAGUCGACUGCGCCGGGCAAACUCAUCAACUCUCCGCCGUACAACACUUCGCACGCUCAGGAAAAGUGGUAGACCUUUAUUGCAUUCCAACCAGCUUCACUUGAGUAUUUGGUAUUCGUAGGUAUUAUGUUACGUCCGGUUUACUUUAUACAACACUUGCAAGUGUGUAAACGGUAGUUUUUAAACGGCUAGUACAACUCAAAGUGUGUAAAUGGUAGUUUUUCUCAAACUGUGCAAAUGGUAAACGCUUGAAAACUCAGGCGGCUAGGACAACUCAGAGUUUAGUAGGAUUGCACGUGUAUGAUAUUUAAAUCCUACUAAAUACUGGCGAGGCACUUGCAAGUGACUUGAGUCAUGUAAACCGGGCUUAAAACUUAGGCAGAAAAGAUAUUAAAAAUCAAAAUUAGUUUUUUGUCUGAAAUGAGUCAAGAUAUUAAACUUUUCUGUACUCAUAAUACAUUUAGGACUUCAAAAUUAAUACUAAAAUUAUCUUCUAUAAAUCACACUUGACUCAUAAAGUUUGGACUUGUAAUAAUUAACAUAUGCCUACAUUGAAAUGACCAAUUCCAGUCUAAAUAAAUAAUAUACCUCAGUUCGUAUUAUAGAUUCUAAACGUGGAGUUUAAAAGACUGAUCAUAUCAAGCUCGUAAGACUGAUUCAAUGACUCGAAUGAAGUAUUCUAUUAAUGAGAUGAUAGACUUUGAAUAGAUUAUUUAAUAAUUUAAUAGCUAUGUGUUCAGGCAUCUAAAGACUGAUACUUAUAAAAUAUGUUCAGUCAUAUAUUCUAACUUGUGAUCUUUAGGAUUAAUUCACAGUGAAUGGGACGCGGCGCGAAUUGAAUAUUAUUUUGAAAUUCUUAAUAUUGUUGAAUAAUUUUUUAUGUGUUUGGGGUUUGUUAUAUGACCGAGACGAGUGGGUUUACGCGUCGCGUUACCAAUGCAGUGUGAACUGAUCUUUAGAACAGAGUAAUCAAUUGUUUGUUAUCCAUUUCUUACACAGACUAAUAAGAUUAUGUGAAUUGUUGAGAGCUGUGACUGCAACG